AUGGGGCGACGCACCAAGAAAUACAAAGCUGAACGACCCCCCGCAACGGCCGAUAUCGGCGAACUCCUGAGAAGGCCGCAAGCAUCUGGACGGCCCGAAAUGGCGCCAAUGUCCAAUGGAAUAUCCUCCAGUGACAAGAUCUUGGCUGAUGGGGAGGACUACUACACUAAUGUACCUACCAGACCUGUACCCCCAAAGCCCUCACCGGCUGCAAAGCCUCCUGUCACGGAGGACACCCUGCGGAGCCUAUUAGAUGAGCUACGCCGGAACAUUGCAACCAUCGGGCAGUUCCGGGAGGAAAUCAAUGGUGUAUCGGCACGCUUGCAACACACUGAACUGAACUCCGCGGAUCACGAGAACCGCAUACAAAACACUAGAGAGACAGAUGGCUGCCUUACAACGAGACCAGACACAAGCUAA